AUGCUAAGCACAGCUCUGGAACGAGUUUUCACUGGUUUGACUGACAUCAUUAUUUUGCAAAAAGUGACGGAAUUUCUCGAAUAUGAAGUUUUGUUGCGAGAAGAUUUCGACUUUAGCUGUCUUGGAGGAUCUUUACUCAGAUCUUUUCAUGAAGGAAAUAGCGAAAUUAAAUUCUGCCCGUCAUCCUUUGCCGCGCGUGGUGAAUUAAUCCCGGAAAGCUUUGAAGGGCUGGAUUUGCAUCAGCCUGUUGGAAAGCUACUUACUGGCAUUCUGCGAGUCCGGGGCGAUUCUACGAUUGAGUUUUCAGCUGCUGACUUUGUCCGGGUUACUGUCAAUGAUGAUUUCAAGGCCGCAUUGUCGGAAAUGGUCCCAAAGAAAUUCUUACGUCCGUGGAGAGAAAGUGGCGUACAGCCAAGAAAGCUGCAGAAAAAAGAUGAUACGGAAGAAAUGAAGCAAGAUACCUUGGACUACAUGUUUUUAAUAACAACGGCGAGGGAGAACUUUGAACUUCGAGCAUUCCAACGAAAAGUUCAUUUUGAACUUGGCCUGGAUAAUUCCAGAAUUCUUUUUCUGAUCGGAAAAGGGCUUUAUCGAGAAGAUGAGCAAAUAACUCGACGAAUCGACGAAGAAAAACUGCUUUUUCAGGAUAUUGAAGAGUGGAACUUCAUUGAUUCUUACGAAACUCUCCCGACUAAGACCUUGUUUCGCUACCAUAAAGCGAGUCAGAAACAAGCCAAAUGGACAAUCUUUCAAGACGAUGAUGUUUUUAUCAACAGAGACAGCUUAGAAAGUGCUUUACUGAACAGAAACCCUAAUUCAGAGGAAAUCUUCUGCCUGGAUAAGUUGAUCAAAAAUGGAAGAGCUCAUCGCGUUGGAAAAAAUUCGCUGAGUCGAGAUCAGUGGCCGGUUGGCUUUCUCUUUCCUCCUUUUUGCAGCGGUCCAGCAUAUGUUCUCCCUAGAAAAGCGAGACAGAAGAUACUAGAUGCAGCAGAGUUGAAUAAAAAUAUGAUCGAUCACUUUCCUCUUGAAGAUGUUCUUUUCACUGGAUUGUUGAGGGAAGCUGCCCGAAUAGAGGGAAAAGAGUUGAAACUUAUUGAAGACGUAGCUUUUCAUUUUGAGAUGGAGAAGCAAAUGAAGCUUUCCCAAAAACUUUUUCUCGCGCUUAGAAGAAAAGAUAAGUCGACGACAUUGAAAGAAGCGAGCGAUCUCACUGGCUACAUUGGAUAA